AUGAAUCGAGAAGAGACAGAACGAUACAUAAAUGUGGUGGUGACAACGAACUACUGGAAAGGAGAAAAGGGAGCAGAAGUGAAGUUUAUGUAUCCCGCAUUGUACAGAACUAGUUGUCUGUUGGAUAUCAGAUUCUUCCCUUACGAUCAACAAGCAUGUAAACUAACCAUAUCUUCCUGGACAUCAUCUAAAUCUGAUAUCAACUACGAACCAGAAUAUGAAUCUGUGAAUAUGGACAAUUUCCUUCCAAAUGAAGAAUGGGUUGUCGUCAGUUUCAAUAUAAAACGAGUCGAGGAGAAGUUCGUGUGUUGUCCCGAGCCAUGGGUUCUACUGGAAGCUGUUCUAGUUGUUAGACGGAAACCAUUGUAUUAUACCAAUUGCGGCGGUGGCGAACGUGGACAACUCCGACAAGCUGAUCGUAAGAAAGUUCCUGCAGCCAUAUCAGUUCCACGCGGGGAACCUGGUCCUCUGAUGCUCAGUGCAUCUGCAAUUUCAGCGUUUUCAUUGACAGGGGAUUCAACUAUUGUGGAGAGGAGGAAAUACGCCCUGGAAUGGGAAUACCUGGCCUCGGUGCUGGACCGUGUCCUUCUAAUCGUCUUUUCAUUGGUCGUAUUCACUGUGACAUCAAUCAUGAUCCUGGUAGGAGAAGCUAUGCAUUUGUCAUACGAGCUUGCCGCUAAGGAGUUCUAA